AUGCUAGUGCACAGGAUUUUCAGAGCUUUUUCAGUCAUAAGAAGCCCAACCAUGAUACCGAGAGCACUGGAUAGAAGCAGGUACACAGGAAAAGUUUUAGAUGUCUUUGAAACGCAAUUUGAGUGUUUUAAUGUAGCCUCUCACGCAAAAUUACUUCUCAAAGCACUGAAGCGGACUAGCGAUAACGCAUCUUCAGAGCCUGAAACUGAACAAAAUAAGCCAAUGGCGAAAGUUCUUGAAGAUCCGCGCUUUGAUAAAUUUUUGAAAUUGCUCAAUGAGACAGGCACUUCUUUUCAAGUCUUUCUAAAUAAUUUCCUGGCUUUGGCGUGAGUUUACCAAGCCGCAAAGCAGAAAUUUGAAGCAGCUACAUUAGCGAAGUUUAUCGAAAGAGUAAAAGGCGAGAAAAAAUUGAAUCUAAGUGAUGUAUGCAUUGCCCUCAAAGUCAUUUCAAUAGCUGCAAAACGGGAAAAUGAUGUUUUAGAGCUUGUAAAUGGACUGUCAAACCGUGCGGCUGAAUUAAUAGAACAGCGGAUUCCAUAUGCCCAAAAUGUCAAGACUUUGCUUAUGCUUGACCUAUGAAAAGAGUAAGACUUACUCAGAGAGCUGAAAAAUAACCAUUUGUUGACAGUCCUUGAGCCUUAUGUGUUGAAAGUAAUAGAUAUUUAGUACAUUAAUGAGAUUGAGCCCAAAGCUUUGGUUAUUUUUUUUAGAGUGUAUUCUCGUAACAGAACUGGAUCAAAAGAAUUUAUAAAGCAACUUUUAUUUGCGAUAUGCGUGAAAUUAAAGUUAAAGUUAAAGCUAGCAGUUGUGUUGGCCAUUAGCGGAUAAUCACUAGUCUUCGCCUGUCUCGGCUUUGCCAGACGGUAAACCCAUUUUUUUGAUUUUCUGACCCGAAUCACUGUCCAAUGGAUUAGCUCGCUAGGGCAGAGCCACCUUCAAAUAGCAGGUUAUCCCGAAAAGUGAACCAUAAAGCAGGCAAAACCUGCCUAGCCCUUUUGGCGGGGCAGGAAAGCCUUCGGGAUAAUAGAACUUCCUACUGAAACCACAGACAUUAUUUCAGCUCAUCAAGAUGGGUCCUACCUGUUCCAUAAGGAGGUUUUCGAAGCCCAUCUUUAGUAAGCGUCACCAUUGCAUUUCUAUCAUGAAAUUAAAGGAAUUGCAAAGUCAUCAAAUAUCAAAAGUGAUAUAUGAUUGUGCUUAUGUGUGAAAUAAUGUGCUAGAUGACACUGAAAAUACUUUGAAGUUACUGUAUCAAGAAAUUAUGAAAAAGCUAGGAUCAAUCGAUAAGUUCAGUUUAUAUUCCAUUUUUCCAGUGCUAAGCUGAACUAGAAUAGGCAAUCCUCAUUAUUACGAACUUCUAGGUGCGCAAUGGGUUAAAUUUAUGGGCGAUUAUUCAGACAGAGAAAUCUCAAAGCUUACAUAUCAAGCAGCAGAAGCAAAUCUCAGUUCGAUCACUUUGGUCAAAGCUCUCAACAGGGCACUGAAACCUUUAGUCUUAAACAUCUCACCGCUCAUUUAUGAGAUUUAUGAUAGCAAAGUUCAAGCUCCUGUAGGCUUAAUUGAAGGAAAAGAUGAUUUUGAGGUCCAACUGUCCAAGCUGAAACAAGAUAUCAUGAGCUCUAUCAAGCCUUCAAACCCGAAAAAGAAUGAGUUGUUGACUAUUAGCAGAAUUUAUGAAACAAAUAAUCACUCAUUUUUUAAAUUUGGAACUUUCAUACAAUUCAUGUGGGGAUUUAUAAAAAUUGCUGAUCAAACUGAUAUAAAAAUGUUGGACUCAGAAACCUGGAACCUACUUGUGCAGCUUUUAAAGAAGCAUGUCUCAGAGCUUAAUAGAAACGAUAAACAGAUUUCUUAUGUAGGGUAUGAUAUGUUAUCACAAAUAGCGUUUCUCUCUAAUAAUGCAUUCCAAACGAUAUCAAAGAUUACAAUUCCAAGAGACUUAGCAGACUAUGCUCAACAUUCAGAUCAUGAGUAUUUCACAAUCGCAAACUCUAACAGAAGCCAGUCAAAUAAGGAUUUUGAAAACCAGUUCGUUGAGUUUUGCAAAGAAAGUGGCAUUUCAUAUCAUCUCCCCAAAGCUCACUCAGCUGAAAAAUCAACAAAAGAAUUAAUCGUCGGUGACAUUCCUUUUUAUGUCAACGCAAAGGCUAAAAAUCCUGUCAUUGUAUUAAGAGAAUUUGAUAUCUUUUACGAUGGAUAUAUUAGAGGACUAAUGAAAAACAAAUUAAAGAUUUUAUCCUCGCUUACACCAAUCACAGUUGUUCGAUACGAUGAGUGGAUGAAUGGAAACAUGAAUAAAGAUUAUUUUAAAAAAAUUCUUCAAUAG